CAACGUUUUGAGAACAGCAGCGAAGUGUUGGAAGGAGGAAGAGGAAGAGGAAUUACUAUUUGGUAUUCAGUUUUCUCUUCUUGGGAAGGUUUUCUGGUUUCGAUUUCUCUGCUUUUAGAGGGAGAAAGAGGAGGGGAAAGAGAGAGAAGGGGAAAUGACGGCAGAUCUUCAUCUUCCACCUGGCUUCAGGUUCCAUCCGACAGACGAGGAGCUGGUUUAUCACUACCUCUGCAGAAAAUGUGCAUCGCAGCCAAUUUCAGUGCCAAUAAUAGCAGAAGUUGAUCUCUACAAGUUUGAUCCAUGGCAGCUGCCAGCGAUGGCUCUGUAUGGAGAGAAGGAAUGGUUCUUCUUCUCCCCAAGGGACAGGAAGUACCCCAACGGAUCGAGGCCCAACAGGGCCGCAGGCACCGGCUACUGGAAGGCGACCGGCGCCGACAAGCCGGUCGGAAGCCCGAAGCCGGUCGGAAUCAAGAAGGCCCUGGUCUUCUACGCCGGCAAAGCACCCAAGGGGGAGAAGACGGACUGGAUCAUGCACGAGUACCGCCUCGCAGACGUCGAUCGCUCUGCCCGCAAGAAGAACAGCUUAAGGCUGGAUGAUUGGGUCCUGUGUAGAAUCUACAACAAGAAGGGCUUCUCCCACAUGCCAGUGAAGCCCAAGCCCAGCAACAGCAGCAAUAGUUGGGAGUACAACAGCAGCAUGGUGGAGGAAGAGAAGCCGGAGGUGACCCACCUGAACCGAACCCAGCUCAUGGCUCGGCCCCCCGCCGACUUCGUCCAGAUGGACAGCUCGGACUCGGUCCCCCGGCUGCACGCCACCGACUCGAGCUGCUCCGAGCACGUCUUGUCGCCGGAGAUCACGUGUGACCGCGAGGUCCAGAGCGAGUUCAAGUGGAAGGAAUGGGAGAGGGGAUUCGAUUCCGGGGUCACCUUUGAGAGCUUGAUGAGCUCCUCCUUCCCUCAGCUGGAGGACCCCCAGUAUCCCCCUCAGCCACUGCUGAGAGAGCCUUCCUUCAGUGAUGUCCUCAUGUUCUUGCAGAAGCCCUUCUAGAUGUUUGCCUCAUGGAUGUCACAUUCUUUCGCAUGCUUGUGAGCGGCAACAUGUGGAUCUAUCAGCUGUUGAAACGUGGCGGCAGCGGUGGCGGCAUAUGCGAGUAUGAGUGCAGCCACGGCAUAUCAAAGUAUGGGCGGCGCCGCCAUGUCUAGGGCAUAUGCAUGCACAACCCAACCUUGUAUUAGAUGUGUAUACAUAGUACAUAGAUGCAUACAUACAAGUUCUAUUUGGGCUGAUUUGUGCCCAAUAGGCAAGCUCUUUAAUGUAUGUAAUAUUCAAUAUAUGGGAAAGAGAAGGGUAGGAUUUCAGAUUAAAA